GAUGGAGGAGCCGUCCUGGGAUGGAGGAGCCGUCCUGGGGAUGGAGAGGAGCCGUCCUGGGGAUGGAGAGGAGCCGUCCUGGGAUGGAGAGGAGCCGUCCUGGGGAUGGAGGAGCCGUCCUGGGGAUGGAGAGAAGCCGUCCUGGGGAUGGAGGAGCCAUCCGGGAAGCAGCAGGACCUUUAUGCAGAUGGCAGGGCUGUGGGGCGUUGGAACAGGCUGCCCAGGGCAGUGCUGGAGUCACCAUCGCGCACAGAACACGCGUCCACCCAUGUGCCAGCACCCGCUCGCCGGACGCGACCCGUGGCCUCCGGCAGCUGCGCGAGGAGCCGGCUCCGGCCUUGGCCCCGCCGUGAGCGAUGGCUCUUAUCUCGGCGCUGACAAGCCAGCAUCCUUCAGCGCCGCUACUUAAGGGCGGGCGCUCGGAGGGCUGGGGCAGAGCAGCGAUCGCCGCAGACGCGCCCGCAGCCCCGUCCUGCCGCAGAGAUGCUGCCCGCCACCUUCAAGCUCUGCGCCGCCACCUCCUACCGGCACCUGCGCAACAUGACGGGUCUGAGACGGCAAGCGGCCGUUGCCAUCAGCCAGGAGCUGAGCAGGCUCGCCCGCCGCGGCGCCGGCCCCGGCGCCUGGAUUCACCAGGUCCGCAGGAGGAGCUCCUUGCUCGGCUCGAGGCUGGAGGAGUCGCCCUUCAGCGAGAUGGAGAUGUCGUACAUCAGGCAAGGGGAGGAAGCCCUCCAGAAAUCGCUCAGCAUCCUCGGGGACCAGGAUGGCUGGAAGACGGAGACGGUGGUGGACAAUGGAGACAAAGUGCUGAGCAAGGUGCUCCCGGACGUGGGCAAGGUGUUCCGGCUGGAGGUGGUGGUGGACCAGCCCCUGGACACGGUGUACGGGGAGCUGGUGGACAACAUGGAGCAGAUGGGAGACUGGAACCCCAGCGUCAAAGAGAUCAAGAUUCUCCAGAAGAUCGGGAAGGACACGGUGAUCACGCACGAGAAGGCGGCCGCCACCCCCGGGAACAUCGUGGGGCCGCGGGACUUUGUGAGCGUGCGCUGCUCCAAGAGACGCGGCUCCACCUGCGUCCUGGCCGGCAUGGCCACCCAGUACGGAGCGAUGCCGGAGCAGGAGGGCUUUAUAAGAGCUGAGAACGGCCCCACGUGCAUGAUCCUGCGCCCGCUGCCCGGCAGCCCCUCGCAGACCCGGCUCACCUGGCUGCUCAGCAUCGACCUGAAGGGCUGGCUGCCCAAGAGCAUCAUCAACCAGGUGCUGUCCCAGACGCAGGUCGACUUCGCCAACCACCUCCGGCAGCGCCUGGCGCGGACCGCGACCUGCUGACGCGCGGGAGAGCCGCACGGAGCCCGCGCUGCCUCCACUACAGCCCGGGCUAAUUGGCCUUUAAUAGUACACACUGCUAAUUAAUAAAGCUUUAUUUAUUGAAACUAAUCAGGGAGGUCGCAGGGGCCAGCACAUGCUCAUUGUGCAAAUGCAGGACCAAAAAUCUGAGGUUAACCAAGUCCAGCAUUCGCUCCACUGGCCCAGUCAGGCCCCUGUGACCUCCCUAAUUAGUUUCAAUAAAUAAAUGAAAGCUUUAUUAGUAGCGUCUGCUAUUAAAUGCCUAAUUGGCCAUUCGGGAGGUCCCAGACAGCUGGCUGGAGAGGCAGGACCAGGGCCCAGUGGGGCAAACACAGGACUGACUGACUUACUUAACCCCAAAUUUUACUGCCCUCCUUCCCCAAAACACAACUUACCUAAAAAAAUUCUAUUCCCUUUCCCCCCCCGUGCAGCAGCUCUAAUUUAUUUUUCCUGUACAGACACACACAAAGUGUCACAUUAUUUAUUCAUGCAAAGCUCUGCAGCGGUUAUUGGCAGGAGGCUGUGCAGAACUGUGAGGAGAGCCUUAAAGUAGCUACCUUGAGUUUAAAUCUCAUUCAUAACAAGGCAACAACAACAAAGUAAGAGUUAAAGCCUUUAUUUUCAAACUGGUUUCCAGUUUGUGGGGAAAAAAAUACAGUUUGGCCAGAAACCCGCAUUUCAGCCGUACACGCAGCAGCCUCGUUACAGCACAAGCUGUUGUUCAUUGUACAAUCGGCCGCGGAGGCACAACGUCCCCCUGGAGCCCGCGCUGGCUGAACCGCGACCGGCACAGCAGCCGCUUCUUCAGCACAGCGUCGCUGCUCACGCUGUCACCGUUACCGCCGGCCCCCAGGGAUGCACACCCAGCACAACGCGCUCCAGAACGGCACCGCUGGCUCCAACCGCGGCAGCGCCUGAAUCGGGUAACAAAACACAGCUGGCGAGGGCUGCGGCUUGUUUGCUCCUUGGCUGAUUGUUCUGAGUGAUGCGUGUUCCUGUACAAUAAAGACCGCCUGACUGGA